AUGCCGAGUUCCCGGAGGCGGCGGCUUCCUCUUCCCCUGGUGCUGGGCGCGCUGGGUGCGCUGGGCGGCCUUGUUGGCUUCGUCUCAGGGCGAGGCCCCGAGAGCACCGUGGAGCGCCGUGAGAGGGCGCGGAGCCUGAUGCCCAGGAAGGCAUUGGAGCUUGAGGAGGUGUCUGCGCUCGCGCGGCCAGAGCUGCCGAACUCCACGGAGGCCAUGUGCCGGCAGGCGGCUGAGGCCGUGAUGCGCGCCUACCGAGACGGCUACACGCGGCAGGCCGUGCGGCUGCGGUUGGAUGCUGCCUACAGUGGGCAGGAGGACUUGAGUGCUUUGCUCAAGGCCAGCUUGCCGUUGGCCAAAAGUUUUGCCACCAAGCUGUGGAAUGGAGAGUACCUCAGGCAAGUGAAGACAUCUCUUGUAGAUGAGGAUGUGACCACCUUGUUGUACAGAGAGGCGGAGAAUGCCUUGAUGGAUGCUGCCGUGCUCUAUUUACCUUCCAGAGAAGUAGUGACUUCGCCCAAGUUCAGCAACUUCUUUCAGAGCAUGGGCGAUCGUUUGGUGGUGGUGACCAACCCCGAGAAUGCGGCAGCAGGGUGGAGAGUGGAGAACAUGGGGGCCGAUUUCUAUGACAAUUCAGAUGUCGGGCUGGAGAUUUGCAAGGUCUUUGCUCAGCAGAGCUACUAUUACCAGCUAGUUCCCAUCAACAACUGGCAAGUGACCUUUUUCCGCGCCUACCCCUUUCCAUGGGAAUUGUGGAUUGAGGACUUGAACUACAACUUGGUGAAGCUAGGGGAGUCGGAAACGAAGCCCAACUACGAUCAGAUCUUAGCUUGGACCGAGGCCUACGAGGAAAGCGCCGGCGUUAGAGCUUUCCAGAAGGUGGGGAAACUUCUGCAGGACAAUCAGCAGAAGCUGGAUCCCCUGGAUCCGGACGCUUCCCUGGCCUUAUCAGGCUCCUAG